AUGCCGGAAGCCGACAUGGCUGCCGUGGCGCAGGGCGCCGGUAAUAACUCGAGCGACUUUGUGAGUUGGAUCACUUUCGACCUAUAUUCGAGGCUGCGUCGUCGCGAGCUGUCGCAUAUGCAAAUUGCUAACCUUAGGAUGCUGGAAGACCCAGCCUACAGCGAAGUAGUAAGGUGGGGCAACGAAGGCGACAGCUUUGUCGUCCUCGAGAACGAGAAAUUUACGAAGACCAUAUUACCGAAACACUUCAAACAUAGCAACUUUGCGAGUUUUGUUCGACAACUGAACAAAUAUGACUUUCACAAAGUCCGACACAAUGAAGAAAACGGACAAUCUCCAUAUGGCGCAUCUGCAUGGGAAUUCAAGCACCCCGAAUUUCGCGCUGAUAGGAAGGAUAACCUGGAUAAUAUCCGACGGAAAGCUCCGGCACCGAGAAAGGCCCAGGCCGCAGAAGAGCAGUUCGGAGUGUCUAAUCAACAGGUCCUAGUUCUCAGUGAAACCCUGGCCGCAACACAACAGCAAGUUCAACAACUUCAGGAGUCUUACCACGAGAUUGUAAACGCGAACAAGAUCUUUGUAGAUGAAAUAAUCCACCUCCAGAAGUUGGUCCGCGCACAAAAUCAGGUACAUAACGAACUCAUCAACCAUCUAAAUAAGGUCGAGCAGGAAAGGAAAGAACACCGAAAUCCAGGCCACUCGAAUUCUGGUUAUGGCUCUAACACCUCGAAUCUCUUAUCGGAUGGAUCCGAAUCUCCCUUGGAGUUACGCCGUGCUCGUGAUAUUCUCAAUGGUCUUCAAGUAGAUCAUGUUGCGGAUAGGGAUCUGAACCGAAUGUCUAUUCAAUUGCACCAGGCGGGUGGCUCUCCCGAGUCUGCUGGAUCUUCUGGGAUGAUGGGACCACCUGGCGUAGGAGGUGUUAAUCCUUUCUUGCAUGACCCUCUAAAUGAUAUGCGCCACCUUGUAUAUCCCGUUGGUCAGACGAUAGGUAUCGAUCCUUUUGCUGCUGAACACAUCAACAACUUGCCAUAUAACCGACCUGUACAGGAUAAUGCGAUGGGUUCUGGCCACGAAUACAACGGACCGCCUAUGCCUUCUCAUACCCCACCAGGAGCUGCAUCGCAGAGUGGUUCACCAUGGGGAUCGAAAAAGCCUAUUGUCCUACUUGUGGAAGACGAUAGGACAUGUUCUCGGAUUGGUUCUAAAUUCCUUGCCCAGUAUGAUUGCGGCGUAGAGGUUGCACGCGACGGUCUCGAAGCUGUGAACAAGGUCAACGCGAAGCAGCAUUAUUAUGAUUUGAUUUUCAUGGAUAUCGUCAUGCCUCAGCUUGACGGUGUCUCAGCAACUGCUAUGAUUCGUGAGGUGCAACCCAACACACCAAUCAUUGCCAUGACAUCCAAUAUCAACCAGCAGGAUCUUGAGAUGUACUUCCACUGGGGCAUGCGAGAUGUCCUUGCCAAACCAUUUACUAAAGAGGGAAUGAUUGGUAAACUAAGGAAACAUCUCGUCAACUUCUUGCGCAACCCUCCUCCCGAGAGUAUGAUGGAGUCAAUGUAUCCGAAUGGUGCUCCUGGCCAACCACCAACACCAGGACCAUAUUCAAAUCAGGCAAUAGGCAUGGCGCCACUUUCUGCUGCAUCCUCAGGGCCCGCAGGGAAGUUUGACACCACACCAAUACAAUCUCCUGCCACUAGUGCUUCAUGGCAUUCACCCAGCCAGAUGCCGCAUGCCUCACCAACGAUGGCCCAGGAUCAAGGCUAUAUGGGUGCGGGCAGUGGCUCCCAAAUGGUGCUCACGCCUGGUGGGACUCAAAAACCCCAAUUUACCAAUGCGAUGAUGCCACAGAUGGGUGUACCUCCGCAAAGAAUGCCUGAGGGUAUGCAGCGCUCAGAUGGGCCACCCGAGAAGCGGCAACGGUUGUACGCGUCGCAGACGAGUUAUAACCAAUAG